CAACAAUUCGUACGAGGACUUGAUUUGUUGUUUUUAGGUGGCGGUGCAGCUGUUACCUACCUACCUCACUCCAAACUCGAAACGGUCAUCGCUAUUAGCUGGCUAGCUCCUAGCUCUUCUUCACACGAUUACCUACCUUGCUUGUUUUUUUAUAUUUUAGUUGCCUGUUACAGCCAUACCAACCGAACCUACGAGCUCCCUUCCCCGCUUCAUCGAAGCAACGACGGACGAGAGCAUCAUCAUGUCUUCGACCACUUCUUCCCAAGGCACUGCUGGCGGUGCCCAGUCCUCACCACACCAGGAGCGUCUGAUCAGCUUCUGCCGUCAGCAAGGUGCUCGAACGCCAAACUUCCAGAUCGUCUCUGAUCGCAGAGGUGGCCGUACAGCCUGGAGCUGCGUCGUCACAGUUCAAGGAACGCAGGUGCCGGCGCGAUUCUGGUACGACGGUCAAUAUGUCAACAACGCCAAGGAAGACGCUGCGGAGAAAGCCUUGCAGAUGUUGGGUGUUUUGCCCACUCCACCACAGAGUCAGUCUCUACCCGCCCACCUUCGCCAAGGCAGUCAAUGCUAUGGUGGCAACAGCAGCAUGAUCAACAGCUGAAUAUUGUCCGCUUCUUCUUCUUUAUCAGAUCGUGCGACUUGAUGCACACAACAGACUUGCUCAACUUUUUCCAUCUUUUUCGUCUUGGUUUCGGAAACCUCAAGUGUGGUUGCGUGCUGAAAAGCAACAAUGCUGGAAAGCUGGCGGGUGGGGGUCUGUAUUAUAGCUGGAGCUGGGAGGCAUCGGUCGGUCUUCGGACUGCAUGGCGUUCGUGUUCUUCUCUUCGUGAGGACUGGCUAUGGUCAGGUCACUGGUUAGGCACGGCCAGAGGGGGUUGGGUGGCCUCUUGGGGGCGGCAGUGCGAGGGUCUUCGGGAAGAAUGGCAUUGCAUUGCAUGUAGCAUACAUAUGGCCACGCUGAUGAGUUGGUCUUUUCCUUGAUCAUGAUGGGAGGAGUAGGUUAGAGCAUAGUGAAUGUUGAGCACCGGCGAAUGGAAGUUCGUCUCUACCUCGCCUUCGACUACUUCC